AAUGAUAUUCGUGAUACAACGUUAAACGCAGCAAGUGCAAUCGGAUUUGCUGCAAAGGGCGUCGGUGAACACUUGUCAGCCUAUGCAGAAGAACUGGGUGGCCAGAUGCAUAUUCUGGGAAGUAAUGUUGGUCAUGGACUAUCGGUCGCUGCUGGAGACUUGGGGAACUCAGCUUCCAAAGUCGCUGGAAAUAUCGGGCGUAGCGUAUCCGCGAUUCUUGCGAAGGCUUUCAACGAUUUUGUCAGACUUGUUGCCGCAUGCGAAACACAUGAAGAAGAGGACAUUGUGAUUCAGGCAGAAUUGGCUAACCUGAAAAGGAAGUUCAGAGAAAAAGAUCUGAGGGGAAACGAUCUGCGUGAAACGCUGAUUCGCAUGGUCUACUGUGAGAUGCUUGGAUAUGAAACGCCCUUUGGCUAUCUGAAAGCAAUCGAAUUAUGUUCCGACCCAAACAUUGUGAAUAAAAAAGCGGGAUACAUUACUGCUGCGCUUUGUAUACCUCCAGAGCAUGAAUUCCGUUUCAUGAUCGUGAAUCGUCUCCAGAUGGCAUCGUCUCUAGCAAGAACUACUUGGAAGUGGCCACAGCGCUGAUCGCUACGAGCCAGUUGUUAACCGUCGAUAUGAUUCCCGCGCUGGUUCAUUUGGUGUAUCAGGCGCUUCAGCAUAAAGAAGCCACGGUCGUUUGCAAGGCGAUCAUGCUGCUGCAGCGCUUCUACCAAUUGGAUCCGAACAGUGUAACCGACAUGGCGGAUGAGCUGCG